AUGGCCCCUGACACCUAUAAGUACCUCGGUGUGGAAGAGAACUCUUCCGUGGCUGUCAAACGCACGAAGCAAAGACUGACGACUGAAUACAAACGCAGAGUCUGCCUCGUACUGAAGACCGAGCUGUCCGGCAAAAACAAGAUCUCUGCCCUCAACAGCCUUGCCACCCCUGUCCUUAGCUACAGCUUCGGAGUUAUCGAUUGGUCACCUACGGAACUCCAAGNGAUGUGGAAGACCGCUGCAGAUGCUGUCAUGGACCACCCGAAACGGUUCACCACCUCCUCAUCUGAAGUGCAAGAUUUGGAGGAAACAGCAAGGUGGCUGGGUAUAGAGUGCCUUUCAUUUUUGCACCUUCAUGCCUCCUUGCAGCCUAUUGCUUGGGCUUCUCUCAACAACCAGUCUCCUACAAAUCACGUUCAGGUGAUAGAGAUCAGUGUGAAUACUAGUGACCUGAAAGAUGAGGAUUUGCACAAGAAGUUGGUCCCAGAAAUGUCAUCAAAAGAUGCAUGGAGUGAAAGGAACUCUAGAGUUAAAGCUCUGCUGCUGUCAGACAUGGCUGAUGAGGGAUCAGGAAUUGAAGAUGUUGGAACUGAAGCAGAUGUCACCAUGAUCAUCUUUGACAAUGGAGCUGAUAAUCAAAGUCCUUUUCAGGAACAAGGUAAUGGGACAAAGAAACUGGUUCAGGAGCUUCUAAACCAAGGAUGA